GAUGGUGGGAGGGGGGGUUAUUUUGAUUAAAGUGGACGGAUUCCCUUCAGCUAUUUCUCCCCCCGUAUUGUCGCGUUGAAGUCAAGGAUGUUUAAAGCGAUUUUAAGUGUUUAACCGACGGCUGUUCCUCACACACACCCCUCCACCGGGAGAGAGAAACUUUGGGAAUAACCUUUUUUUUUUUUAAAGCUGAGAUGAGAAACUUUUCCAACCUCCGUGCUGUUAUGCUAAGCUAACAAUUACAAUUUCAGUUUUAAAAAAAAGUUCACAAACAAGCAAGCCAAUUCAAGAUUGUCGGGAGACCGUGACUAGAUUAGCAGGCGGCUUUGGAGGAGAAACGUGUCCGUCGGAGCCUCUCUUUCCUCGGUCGGAGCGGACGCUGCAGGUGCACCUCUUGCGGCACCUGCAAAAGAACUCACUCGGUAACCAGAGCUAACUUUAGCCUGUCCGCGUUAGCAUGGAGCAGAAGUAGAUGGCUAUGUUUUUUGGGGGGGGGAGUACAUUUUCUAUCAUAGCUGCUUUUAUUUGAGGUUUACACUGUUAUGAUAAUUUUGCCAUCGAUGUUGAUUGAUAGUCAGCCGUCAUCCCAAAAAAAAAGUGGUGACAUUAACUCGGCUAACUUUGCUAGCUAGAUAUUGACCCUCACACUUUCACCGGAGUGGCGACGUGGAUAACAGGGUUGUGGACGCUCACCCCCCCUCCCUCCACAGGACUUUGGACACGGUUUGACCCUGGUGUGGGCUGCAAAAAGGAAGGGAAUCCCCCCCACCCCACCCCCCUUCAGCUAGUCUUGUGGCUGUGACAGCAUGAGGAUUUUGAAAACUUUUUUGCAGUUUUAAAGUUUUUAAUUUUGCUCUGUACGCUCUGCAGCCUAUGGUGCCGCUACGGCCACCGAGAAAUGGAUGUCUCGCAGGCCGCUUUCCCAAACGGUGAAGGGCGGCCGGGCGGUGGUGAUGGUGGUGGGACCGGGGAGCAUGCCUGGACAGAUACCCCCACGGUGCGGGCUUGGGCUCACUCCGCCCCGCUGUGCUCGACUCGGUCCCUGUGGACGGCCGCCUAUGACUACGAGGCCAGCGGCGAGGACGAGCUCAGCCUGCGCCGCGGAGACGUGGUGGAGGUCCUCUCUAAGGACGCUGCCAUCUCCGGGGACGAGGGAUGGUGGACGGGUAAAAUCAACCAUCGGGUCGGUAUUUUCCCCUCCAACUAUGUCACCUAUCAACCGGCUAUUUACCGAAUACCUGCUACCAGUGGGUCUGUGGGGGUACGAGAGCGAGUCCCGAGCUCGCCUGUCCAGAUCCCCUUCAGUGAGCUGGUCCUGGAGGAGAUCAUAGGCGUGGGUGGGUUUGGUAAAGUUUACCGGGGCACAUGGAAAGAUCGAGAGGUGGCUGUGAAGGCGGCUAGGCAAGACCCAGAUGAGGACAUAGCAGCCGCCGCCGGCAGUGUUAAACAAGAAGCCAAACUUUUCUCCAUGCUGCAGCACCCCAACAUUAUUAAACUACAAGGAGUGUGUUUGGAGGAGCCCAACCUGUGCCUGGUUAUGGAGUAUGCCCGAGGCGGGACCCUGAACCGGGCGUUGACCGGAAGGCGCAUCCCUCCGCACAUCCUGGUCAACUGGGCUGUGCAGAUUGCACGCGGGAUGCACUACCUACACGAGGAGGCCGUGGUACCCAUCAUCCACCGGGACCUGAAGUCUAGCAACAUUUUAUUACUUGAAACAAUCGAGAAUGACGAUAUCGGGAGGAAGACCUUGAAGAUCACAGAUUUCGGCUUGGCCCGGGAGUGGCACAAAACCACAAAAAUGUCAGCUGCAGGCACGUACUCCUGGAUGGCGCCCGAGGUCAUCAAGUCAUCUCUCUUCUCCAAAGGCAGUGACGUUUGGAGCUAUGGUGUCUUGCUGUGGGAGCUGUUAACAGGCGAGGUGCCGUACCGUGGGAUAGACGGCCUGGCUGUUGCUUACGGUGUGGCAGUCAAUAAAUUAACUCUACCGAUCCCUUCCACCUGUCCCGAACCCUUCGCCAAGCUCAUGGAAGAGUGCUGGGACCAAGACCCCCACAUUCGUCCCUCCUUCUCCUGCAUCCUGGAGCAGCUGUCGGCCAUCGAGGAGGCGGUGAUGGCCACCAUGCCCCAGGACUCCUUCCACAGCAUGCAGGACGACUGGCGUGUGGAGAUCCAGGAGAUGUUUGAUGAGCUCAGGACCAAAGAGAAGGAGCUACGUUCCAGGGAAGAGGAGCUGACGCGGGCCGCCCUCCAGCAGAAGUCUCAGGAGGAGCUGUUGAAGCGGCGGGAGCAGCAGCUGGCAGAGCGGGAGAUCAAUGUGCUGGAGAGAGAGCUCAACAUCCUCAUUUUUCAGCUCAACAAAGAUAAACCUAACGUGAAGAAGAGGAAAGGCAAAUUUAAACGUUCCCGCCUCAAACUCAAGGAUGGAAACCGCAUCAGCUUGCCCUCAGACUUUCAGCAUAAGAUCACCGUGCAGGCGUCGCCCUCCAUGGACAAGAGGCGGAGCCUUCAUAGCACCAGCUCCUCUCCUCCCAGCAGUCCCACACUCAUCCCCCGACUACGAGCAUUUCAGCUUACUAAAGAUGAGAGCAACCGUACAUGGGGCCGCAGCACCCCCUUCAGGCCAGAGGAGUUUGAUGAUGUGAAAAAGGGAAUCAAGAAGAAAGGAAGAACCUGGGGCCCCAGUUCAGUGCAGAGUAAAGAAAGGCCAACUGCUGCUGAGAGAGUGCGUCCUCUCUCGGACGGCAGUAACCCCUGGUCCACCAGUCUGGUGAAGUCUCAGAAGUCAGUCCCCCUCGCUGCCCUGUUUGCUGAACAAGCGGGGGCCUGUAAAGAUGAGGCAUUCUCCCAGGAAUGCCCGGACAGUAGCUCCAAACCAAAGCAGCUCAAGUUCCCCAACCAGGUGUACAUCGAUCUACCUCUGUGGAGGGACGAGCAGCAGCCUCAGAGCCCGGCAGGGCAUUGUGGGCCGGGAGAUUCUGGGGUCGGGGCAGCAGGUCAGGGUGGCUCAGCAGAUAGCACAGAGGACCCCUACACCACCACAUCCACCUCAUCCACCUCCACCACCCCACAGCUCACUCCCACCAACAGCCUUAAGCGGGCAUCCGCUCGCCGAAGGACCGACUCCGUGCUGUACGGUUGCGGCUCGUUGUUGGCUUCAGUCGUGCUCGGCUAUGACAUCAGGGAGGCGCUCAAAAUCUCAGCCCCCGCUGAAGACUGUGAGCCCCAGCGAGAAGAGAAAGAGAAGAAGAAGAAAGAGGGCCUGUUUCAGCGGGCAACCAGAUUCCGCCGCAGCACCUCACCGCCAAGCGGUCGCCCACGCAAAGACGAGGCAUUGACAAACCACAUCUCCCCCCAACCCGUCAAUCUCAUCUCCAUGUCAGCCAUUAUGGAAUGUAACUCCACCAAGUGUCUCUUGCAGUCUGAGGCCGAGGUGUCACAGUCCAGCCCGGGGAAGGUUGAGCUUGUGGUUGUCAAUCAUCACACAGAGCCAUCAAGGCCUGGCCCAGUAGCCUCCACAGAAAGCCAGAGUAGCAGGACUGCAGCUAAAACACAGACCGCAGUACAAACCCAAAGCCAGCCGCCAGAGCAGAGCAACCAUAUUCCAGGAACACGUCUACGCAGAAAGAAAUAUACCACCAACCACAAUACCAACGGCCCACCCACUCUGCCUCCUCCAGCCACACAGAAGAAGCAGGAGAAAGAGAAGGACGGAGUGCCAGAGAAGCCCUCCGGUGGGGACGCCUUCUCCAGACCACGGCCAGUGUCGUUCCGGGCCAAACCCCACGCCUGGGCACUGCUGCGAGGACGCAAUAAGAGCUACUCCUUGGGCCACUACUCCGGAGAGAAGGCAGCACAGAACCUAAACAUGGUGCUGUCCUCAGAGGUGGGGGUAGGCUGCUCCCUGCUGGACAUGGACACAGAGGGCCAGAAACGAGACUGCACCGUGCCACUCUGCCGCAUUCAGAGUUCCCCGGGACGGGCGUCCGUCUUUGAGCUGGAGAAGGAGUUCCUCUCUUAGGAGCGUUGAGAAGUGAUCCUGCUGUGGUCGUAGCUCAUCCCAUAAUACAAUCUAGAGUGUUCCAGAACAUACAGACAGAAUUUUUUGGCCUAGAACUCCUGGAGGGUCUAGAACCAGGCUGCCUUUUUCAUUUUUUUAAAAGGUUCUAUAACAUACACCACUGCUUGUCUUAGUUCUAGAACAUAGUGAUGUCAGUGUUCUAGAACCUAACCAAGACUGAGACUUCUAGAUGGCAUCUGUGUCACGGGGGUUCUAGAAUGCGCAUCUCAGUUUUGGAGGUCCUCCACACUGCCUUGUCUCAUUCUAGAAUGAGAGGUUGUCUCCCCCGUGGUUCCGAAAACUGAACAGAAUAUUCCACUGAUACUUCGGUGCUCCGCUGCCGCCUUCGAUCGCUCAUCUCCCCCCCCCCACUGUCACCCUCUUCUUCUCUCGUUUUUUGUCGGUGCAGCUCAACGUUGACCGCUGCUGCAGCUUUCGCAACACAAUACCCUCACCUUUUUAUUUAUAUAUAUAUUUUUAUAGGUAAUUUAAUAUUAAGAGACUUGACCUUACCUUAGCAACCAGCAGGACAUACAUUCCAUGUCAGUUUCAAAGUCGUGCGAUCACGCGUUUUAGAUUUUUGGACUUGAGAAUCAUGCAUGCAUGUACCCUUAAAAUGUUGAACAAAAAAAAAAGAAUUAUGCCUUGUUUGUAAAUAUUUCUUUUCCAUUUUCAGCCUAAUGCUGGCAGUUGUUUUGUAUUGCGUAUAUGCUGUUUUAUGACCGUUGUAAAAGUCAGCAAUGCUGCAGUACACUCUGUGUUCUAGGGACAGGUUACAUACUGAAUCGUAGCAGGGAUGCAAACAUGUUUCCUCCCAGAAUGCCCUGAAAAUUUUAGAGCCGCAGGUAGAAAAACACUGGAAGGUCCUACAAAGCAGACAUGGAAUCUUUUCACUUAAAAGUUGGAUACAUGUUUUAAUGACUGUUGCUAAUGUGGAUUUUUCUAAAAGUAUCUAUAGAAAAGUUUUCAAUUAAUAUUUUCUCUCAGCACACUGCAGCAGAGCGGAAAAACACUUCAGCCAUGAAUGUUCAUGUCAGGAAAACCUGCCUCAGGUUAAUGAAUUUAUAAUCUAAUCCCCUGAUGACCGGCUGGAAUUGUAAUGACACAGCAUAAUUUCAAAUUUUAGUCAUGAAGGAUUACUACGCAGCCCAGGAGUGGCCACACAGGAGAAUAUUUAUUUAGACACCGUUUGAGUGCAGCAGUGAUGAUAUAUCCAGAAAGUACUUAAAACAGCAGUCAUUUCCUCAUUUUAUUUCAUUUAUGUGCUUUUUUUAGUAUUAUCUUUCAUAAUUUAUGCAGACAUAUUUUUAAUACUCAAGUUGGCCCACUUGCUUUUUUAUGGGUAUUGUUUUAUUUCUAUUUGUACACUACGUUUCAAUUUAACAUCAAGGUCCGGAGACAUUUGUAGACAGAAGAUGAAGAAACAUAACCUGACGCACCAAAUGGUUUGUUACACGAAACCAACUGAGAAGCAGCAUUUGGAAACUGUUUGGAAAUGAGCAGGCACUAGUCAAAAAAUAC